AUGGAUGAGACCACUCCGCUGCUGCCGGACGCCGCAACCGCUCCCAUUCCGAGAGAUGACCAAUUACACCGAGUACCGAGCAAGGACUUCGUUGAUUUUGAUCCCAACGGAGACGAUGAGAAUCCCAUAGACUGGCCGCAGGGUUACAAAUGGGGGAUUGUGACAUUGCUAUCCUUCAUGGCAUUCACGGUGACCUUUACGUGUAUCUCGGUCGUGCCAAUUGCAAAUACUAUCGUGGACGAUCUGGACCAUGGCAAAGCCGCCAGCUCUUCAAGUGUACUACUUGUAACCAUUUGGGAACUCGGCGAAGCGGCGGGUCCUCUACUUAUCGCACCUCUUUCCGAGCUGUAUGGACGGUACCCAGUUAUCAAUAUCGCCAACACGCUUUUUACAGCAUUCACGAUUCUCGCCGCCCUGAGUCCAUCCACGGGUGUGCUUAUUGUUGCGCGCGCGCUCACCGGUGUCGCAACCGCCACUAAUGUACUUAGUCCGGCUAUCGUUGGCGAUAUAUUUAUUUCUGAGAAUCGCGGCACGGCUAUGAGUCUGAUCUCGCUUGCCCCGCUGAUAGGGGGAGCCGCUGGCCCAGCAAUCGCUGGCGCUGUAGCUCAGACUUUGGGAUGGAGGAAGACGCUCUGGAUGAGUGCUGUCCUUGCCGGUGCCUGCGAGGUGGCGUUCUUGAUCUUCUUCCGGGAAACGUACAAGGUGGAGAUUCUCAAACGAAAAGCUGCCCGGCUCAGGAGAGAGACUGGCAACUUGGCACUCAAAUCUGAGUUUGAUGUCGAUGAAGGCGGGCACAGCUGGCAGCUCAUCGGAGAGUCCGUGUUGCGCCCCUUGAUUGUGCUCAAGAGCAGCUUUGUGCUACAGAUCCUGGCAUUGUUCGGCGCUUUCACUUUCACCUACUUUUACAUCAUGUCAACAAGCCUACCGCCAAUUUUACAGCAGUACUAUGAUUUCACGCCAGCUGCUACAGGCUUUGCAUUUCUUGCCUUCAGCAUCGGAUCGACCGUAUCUGUGUUUAUGUGCAACAUGUACCUCGACAAAGUCUACAUUAAACUGCGCAAUGCACACAAAGGGAUUGGACAGCCAGAGUACCGAUUGCCAUUCAUCAUCAUUGGCAGUAUACUCUUUCCCAUCCCUGUCCUGCUCUACGGCUGGGCGACGCAGUGGCACCUGCAUGUGUCCGUUCUACUCUUCGCCGUGGUAUUGCUAGGGAUUUUCCUCAUGUUCUCGUUCCUCCCAUUGAUGGCGUAUGUUGUGGACGCGUUCGGACUGUACUCGGCCUCUGCAGUGAGUGCUGUCAUUGUGACACGCUGUCUGAUAUCACAAAAUCUAUUCACCCAGAUCGAGAUCCCCUCAAGCAUCCCUGAUGAAAUGAGAGGCAAGUACCAGAACUUCGCGGGGCGAACUUUUCCGGUAGCCUCACAUUGA